AUGGACCGGGACGCCACAGGUUUCGACGCCACGGCGAUAGGCCACGUGCCGCCUCCUUGCCUGCGCCCGCAUGAUCUGGCAUUGCUCCGCGGCCACCAUCUCCAUGUGCUCUGCCAUCCAUAUUUGCUGGAGGCUUUGCUGGCAGCUGCGCAGCCUGCCGCUGAGUUCGAAGCCUUCUGCCAAGCCUUCUGCCUGGGGGGCGGCAACAUCAAUGAUGUGCAGGCCAGGACUUUUGCGCGCAUCCAGCUGUUCAAGGCCAAUGAGUACUUCCCGGGCACAAUGGAGCGCACGCUGCUAGUGACGGGCCGGCUGAAGCAGGUGGCAGCGGCACUGGGCCUUGUCUUCUCCAAGCUGCUCAGCAAGGCAGUGGCGACGGUUGAGCAGUGGCUUGUGGGCAGCGCCUAA